AGGUACUGCUACCAAGGAAUCCGGUGGAGCCAGUGGGUCGGCAAGCCUGAGUGACGCUGGUGCAACGCAGACAGUUGAUUUGGAGCAGGAGGCUAUGGUGGAUCCGACGCCGGUUGCUUUGGCAGUGGAGCCCGGGGAAGGUGCUGUGUCCUGCCGUGAGAAACGAAGAAUUUUGAUCUGCGGGCACAGUAUGGUGUUUUGGGCGGCUCAUCAGGCCAGGCGGUCAGCUGUCGGGUCGCAGCUGGGCCUGAGCGAGUGGGCUGCAGUGGAGUGGCAGGGCCGGCGGGGCCUGCGUUGGCCUGGUUUGUUGCCACUGUUGUUUGGGCGUAGUGGGCCUGUCCCGCACAUCUUGGUUAUUCAUUUAGGGGGGAAUGAUUUGGGGCUCCUUCAUGGGAGGGCCUUAUCACUGCAGGCCAAGUGGGACUUGCGGGAGAUUCUGCGGAGGUGGCCCGAUGUCCUUAUAAUGUGGUCCGCUAUGUUGCCUCGCAGGGUCUGGCGGGAGGCAAGGGACCGGCGAGCUAUCGAAAGGGCUAGAAUGAAGGCCAAUCGGGCUAUUCAGAAAGCCCUCGGGGAUGGUUUAGGGGUUUAUUUGCCCCAUCCCAGGAUCAGGGCCGAGGUUGCCGGCCUCUAUCGUAAGGAUGGGGUUCACCUGUCUGAGGCCGGCAACCAAAUUUUCCUCAAUGACUUGCGGCAAGGUCUUAGGUUAGCCCUGGGCCAGUAGUGGGGCGCUAGGGCCUAAGCAGAGGCUUGGCCCUGGCGUUGGCGGGAUAGAGUUGGGCUUUAGUCAGCGGGCCGGUGAGCACCCUUGGCGCUUCCCUAGGUGUGGGGAAGAGGGGUCUGCUAGGAGCGGCUGGUACUGCUUGUGACGGCUGCCAGCGCGCGUGGGCAGGCUGCCUAGGUAACCCCAAGUGCAAGUCCAGCCUCACUGCUGUACGGCUGAGGAUUGGGAGCUUGGAAGGGGGAACCAAUUUGCCAGGCUGUCCGGGUAUCCUAGUCAUCUUUUGGAUGGUUAGCACCCGGGGCUUCGGGGCUCGCCCAGGCAGGUCAAGGCGGGGGUCUUUGGAUUGACCACGUGGCUUGACCUGUACCGCUUUAACCUUGCCGCAGUUUGUUGAAAGUUAAUGUUGUGGUUAAUUUAAUAAAG